AUGAGCGCACGUACCUAUAUAUCACCGGAUUGUGCAAAACAAUGGGAAGUUUUAUUGCUUCUGCUGUCUUCAGAAGAGAAAAACAUCGACAGAACAACCGAAAAUGAAAUCGAUACUAUGAACUAUUUUUAUAACAAUGAAGGUGUUAAAAAAAUAAUGUUGCAAUGGUUACAUGAAAUGAAUUUAUCAUAUGCGAGGAAGACAUCUGAAAGUGAUACUGCACUAAAAUGUAACCAAGUUUCUUUUUUAUGGAGACAACAAGGAAAUGACAAGUAUCAUGCUAACCUAAUAGAUGAUAGCUACCAAUGCUAUUCCAAAAGUGUGAUAUAUGCUAAUCAGAAUGAUACUGAAUAUGCCUUAGCUCUUGCAAACAGAUCUGCUGCUUUGCUUAGACUAAAACGAUUCAAGGAAUGUAUUGCCGAUAUAGAUCUCUCCAUUGCUAGUGGUUACAAGAGGGAGAUGUUACAUAAGUUGCUCUUACGAAAGGCUGAUUGUUACAUCGAGUUAAACCAGACUAAGAAUGCCCAGGCAUCUAUUAUACAUGCCUCAGAACAUGCAAUUUCUCUUAAACUGUCAGCUAUUCAAAUGGCUGAGUUUGAGCGUCAUGUACGACUUUUGGAAAGAAAAAUAAAUACUGGAGAAGUUACACAUUCACCUGAUGAAUAUAAUGUGGUACUACCUGAAUGUCGUAAUGGUGUCAAUCCACAAUUCAAUGCAGCGUCAAUGUCAAUAGAACUAAAGAACAACGACACAGUAGGACGUCAUGUGAUCGUGAAGGAGGCUUUAAAGCGUGGUGACGUUUUAUUCUCAGAAGAACCUUACGCAUGGGUCACGCUGCCUUCUGAAGAUCCAGUAUGUGACAUGUGUUGCCAACCAGAUAUUAAUCCAUUACCAUGCAGUAGUUGUUCACGCAGCGUUUACUGUAGUGAAGCUUGUAGGAGUACAGCAUUCACCAUGUUUCAUAAGUGGGAGUGUGUCGGAGCUCAAAGUGACCUCUUCCCCACUAUCGGCAUCGCUCACUUGGCUUUACGGGUGCUGUUGAUAAGUCAGUACCACGGUCUACCAACACCGAUAAGUUUGGCAAAGCCCACAGCGUAUGAACUUUUCAAGAGCUACAGUCAAGUUGACAAAAUUGACAUAUACAGGGCUGAAACGCCAGACUUCUACAGGAUGUUCAAUUUGGUUACAAACUUUGAUAAGAUGAACAAUAGCGAUUAUGUACAGUAUGCUGUGACCGCAACAAUGUUGAUAUUAUACUUGGAGAGGUAUACGUCAUUCUUUGAGACGUUUGAAUCGGGUCCAUUGAGUGAUAGGGAGAGGAAAAUGUUCGCGGCCGCUUUUAUGUUACGAUGUAUGGGCCAACUUGUAUGCAAUGGACACGCGGCGUUAAGCCUUUCUACUUACGAUGACGGAACUGGACGUACAGUUACAGAGAGAGAGGUGCGCCGUGCAACUGCCAUAUAUCCCUCGGCUGCAAUGAUGAACCAUUCUUGCGACCCCAAUAUUGUUAAUACUUUCUACAAGAAUCGAUUAAUAAUACGUUGUGCGCGCGAAUUAUCGGCCGGAGCGGAAGUGUUUAACUGCUAUGGGCCGCAUCGCGCACGUGAACCAACGGCCCAAAGACGCGCCCACUUACGGGCGCAGUACAUGUUUCAAUGUAUGUGCAGCGCCUGCGCGGAUGGCGAUCAACAACAGUUUGCUAUGUUAUUCAAUGCAUAUGCAUGCCAAUCAUGCAAAGGGCCAGUGUUGUGGCAAGGCAAGAAAGCGCAUUGUCAACAUUGUAAUGCGGAAUUCUUUCCGGAAAGGGCGCUAGCAAUACUGGACAGGGCUGAAGAACUGGCUAUUCAAGCAAUUCAAGCGAAAACACCGCAAGAGGGGUGUGAACUAAUGCAAGCUUCGUAUCGCUUAAAGCAACAAGUAUGGUACAGACAUCAUGCCUCAUUACGCGCCGCAGCUGAUAGAUUGGCUAAAUCCUAUGCAGAUGCUGGGGAAUUUAGCAAGAGCGUGGAACUGAUAAAGCAAAACAUACAAAGCCUCGAAUAUCAGUAUGGUUCAUUCAGUGUUGAGGUGGCGCACGAGUUACGAAAACUGUCAGAUGUGAUGUUGGAGCGAAUACUCAAUGCACCACGAAAUUCGGCAUAUAGGGAGUGGUGCUUGGAGACACACAAAAUAGUUCGUAAAGCCGUACAGUUGACUGAAUUAAACUAUGGGGCAUGGGAACCAUUGGUUCGGCGGUUGGCGGUCCAAGAGCGAGUAGUUGGUGAUCUUGUGCAAGAUACAGCGGCUGGACUAACACAAACUGAUAAUAUACAUCACAUCCUGCAUUAUAAUCUUAAAAUAUAG